AUGGUUCAGAAUAAUCAAGACUUGAAGAGAGCGGAUGUGUGGUUUAUCUGUCACGGCGUACGUAUCGGACCGCCUACGAUGUUCGACUUCGAAGGUGAAGGCUACAAGUCUUGGGUCAAGAUGGGUGAAUCUGUUCGAGCUUCUAACCCCAAAGGCAUCGUGAUUGUCUCGGCGCACUGGGAGAGCGACUAUACGAGUGAUCAAGGCAUCGUUGUGUCCAUCAAUUCAGAAUUGGAUAACCCUCUCAUCUAUGACUUUUACAAUUUUCCCAAGCACUUUUACGAGGAAAGGUUUUGCUCCCAAAGUGAUCCGGCGAUACGCAAAGCCGUCAAGGAUGCCUUGACAUCGGAAGGCGUCUUGAUCAAAGAGGAGAAGAGGGGCAUAGAUCAUGGCGUGUGGCCACCGCUCAAGGUUGUUCUUGGUGAGAAGACUACAGUACCUAUUCUCCAGGUAUCCCUGCCGGGAGACUCUAGUCCUGUAUCCACAGCCAAAGUUGGCAAGGCUCUCUCUGCGAUCAGGGAUCAAGGAUACACUGUGAUUGGUUCCGGCCAAACGGUACACAAUCUGCGAGAUUACUUCUCCGGUCGGCCUACUCCUUACACAGAGCCAUUCCUCGCCGCCGCAUCCGCCGCAGUACACUCUUCGGACCCCGUCGGACAAAGUAUAGGCCUUACUAAACAUCCACUGUAUCGAUCUGCACACCCGACAGAUGAACACUUUCUCCCUUUGGUAUUUGCUGUCGCGGCUGCAGAUCCAGGAGACAAGCAACAUGGCAGAGACAAGGAUACAUUUGCACUGCAUCUAUAA